CCUGCGGGAGGCGAGCGAUGCUGGAAGUGCCGUAGCCGAGCCAGAGAUGGAUGGUGUCGGCAGCAACAGGACCAUGUCUUACAGUAGAUGGAGUUACAACAGUGUUCUGGAUGAUGAGGGGAGCAGCUUGCGUCAGCAGAAGCUUGACAGGCAGCGAGCAUUGCUAGAACAGAAGCAGAAGAAAAAGCGCCAGGAGCCGUUAAUGGUUCAGUCCAAUGUGGACAGUCGCACAAGGACACGCAGGACGAAACAUUCAGAAGAACAGGCGCCAUUGGUUGAAUCGUAUCUUAACAGCAACAGCAGCACCAUAUAUCAUGUGCAGGAGGCCGAACAGGAAGAUGUAAAGGUGGUAGUGGAUGCCCAAGCUCCGAAACCAACUAAAAAAACCAAGGCAGCAGCUGCGAGCUGUCAGACUGGCAGCACCAGAAAGGAGAAAAAAGGGAAACACAAAGGCAUUGAUGGUCCGGCUGCUUUUCAAGAUGAUGUUCAGAAGAUAGGAAGUCAGGUGCAGAUUCUCACGGUUGGACAGUCUAGCCAUGAUGAAGAUGAUGGAGAGAAAAUGGCUAGUGGCCAACAACAGCAAAGCAAACAAGAUCUUAGAACAGCAAUGCAGAAGAAAGGCAUUUCAAGCAGCAUGAAUUUUGAUGAGGAAGAGGAUGAGGAAGAUGAAGACAGCUCCAGUUCUUCGCAGUUGAACAGUAACACCCGGCCCGGUUCUGCCACGAGCAAGAAAUCCAAUAAGGAAGCGGCCUCAGCUCCCAGUCCUUCCACAAACGAGCCUCUCAUAGAUGUUGAUGACCUGGAGGAAUUUGCCGUAAGACCUGCUCCACAGGGUGUCACCGUCAAAUGCAGAAUCACAAGAGACAAAAAGGGAAUGGACCGAGGGAUGUACCCCACUUAUUACCUCCACUUGGAAAGGGAGCAUGGUAAAAAGGUGUUUCUGUUAGCUGGAAGGAAACGAAAGAAGAGUAAAACCUCUAAUUACCUCAUCUCCAUAGACCCAACUGACCUGUCUCGGGGUGGAGAGAGUUUUAUUGGAAAACUGAGAUCAAAUCUUAUGGGAACUAAGUUUACAGUUUAUGACAAUGGAGUAAAUCCAAUGAAAACAACGUCAAGCCUGGAGGCGAGCACCCUGCGUCAGGAGCUAGCUGCUAUUUGUUAUGAAACAAACGUCUUGGGGUUUAAAGGACCACGUAAAAUGAGUGUGAUCGUACCAGGAAUGAAUAUGGACCACGAAAGAGUUUCCAUCAGACCACGAAAUGAACAUGAGACCCUUCUUGCUAGAUGGCAGAACAAAAAUACAGAGAGUAUCAUUGAGCUGCAUAACAAAACGCCAGUCUGGAAUGAUGACACCCAGUCCUACGUUUUAAAUUUCCAUGGUCGAGUCACACAGGCCUCAGUGAAAAACUUCCAAAUUAUUCAUGAUAACGAUCCUGACUACAUUGUGAUGCAGUUUGGCCGCGUGGCUGAGGACGUGUUCACCAUGGACUACAACUACCCAAUGUGCGCGCUGCAAGCCUUUGCUAUUGCCCUUUCAAGUUUUGACAGCAAGCUGGCUUGUGAGUAAAGGGGCAUGGGUGAGCAUCCUCUGAAAGGAAGCCGUUUGCCAUAUGAUUCCCAGUUCCUGCUGGUGUCACUUACGGUCUGUACUAAACAGGUCAGGGAAAACACAGUCGUGGAGGACAGCCCUGUUGCUGAAGAGAGAGUAAAAGGAAUCUUCUAAAAAUUCAGGACAUUCAGGAAAUAAUAUUUUCCCUUUUUUUCUGUCAUAUUUUUCUGGAAGUGGCAUCAAGUUUGUGUAAAUAGAAGUUCUGUCUCAUGCCCUUGAUGAUGUUAUGGAGAUGUGCCAUGAUGUACUGUACCGUGGCUCUAGUAGCACCAUUAUAACGGUGGCUUUUUUAAAUCCAGAAAGGGCGUGCACGCUCAAAAAAUUUCUUUUUACAUUUAAGAAUUAUUCUGAGGCUGCAAUCGUACCUCAAGGUUGCAUUCCUACAUCGACUAAUCA